AUGACUAAAGAUACCGGGAGUCUAGACGCGUACACAGUGAACUUCAUGCCUUGUUACACAGAAUAUCAAGGUCCAACCACAGAGUUCAAAGACUACAAAUUCGACGACACCAUAUACUUCCGUGGGAAGGAGCUGCAAAAGGAGAAGCCCGCCUCCACUGCUACACACGAUACCUCGAGUGCCGCUCUAAGCAAUGGCGCUAUCUUGUCGGGAAAUACAGUUACGGGCAAAAUAGUCACAGUUAACAACUACGAAAGAGAGGGCACCGACCGUAACGAAUUGGGGCGUUUGCAAGAAUUGAUCUACAUCACCAAUGUCAUCAACCAGUAA